AUGAAAUCGACUCUGCUGUCGCUUCUUUGCGACAAGCGCUGGGGGUGGGACUCGGGUCCCGAAAGUCACAUCCAGUUCAAAGCAAAUGGCACUGGCAACCUCUUGGCCUGCCGCGAGUUCUGCAUCUACAUCUGCUCAGAAUUCGAUUGGACUGUCCAGAAUCCAGAUAUACUUGCCUCUGAAGUCGAUACAGAAACUUCACCGGUUUUUCAAUUCGAGAUAGAAAUAUCUCUGACAAAUCGCUUUAGUGAUGUGUACAACCCGUCCAAAUAUAGCGGAAAGCUCGAUGCUCACGGAAAUAGAGGGAACGCUGCAAUCAACGCUCUACAUCUCUCCGACGAAGUAUUCACCUGCCGGAAAUUCAAAAUUUGCAUCGAGAAAGGUCGCUUCAUCACAGGCGAAGAUAAAAAGAAGGGAUUGUCGACUUGGAGUGCGACGAACUUCGCAUACCGGCUUGUCUUCGAUUCAUCCCCUUAUCCUCCAGAACAGAUGUGGAAAAUACUUAACUAUAGUGAGCCAUCUUUCUGGGAAUGGAAUGAGUUUUGUAGCCAGGAAGUGCCACCAAGUUCAUGUGGGAAGAUCUACCGAGCAUUAUUUGGAUAG